UCAUAGAUGCAUUGCAACUGUCGUAAGCAGCAGCAGCAGCAGCAGCAGCAUCUCUCCAGGCUGGGGCACCUGUACAUAUUUGCGCAGCCUCCAUGCGCGCCCCUCCCCGGCUGCCGAACAUGGCGAUCAGCAAUCUCCUCUUUGCACAAUGCACCCUGUAUUUCCUGGCCUUCCUCUUCAGCUUCAUCGCCGUGGUGCCCCUGUCCGAAAACAGCGCUGACUUCCAUGGGAGGUGCCUCCUGUUCACCGAGGGCGUGUGGCUGAGCGGGAACAUCACGCUGGAGAGGGAGCACUUCACGGUGGAGGAGUGGGGGCCGGAGUCCGCCUGCAGGUUCAGCGUGCUCACCGGGGUGCUGUCCUUGUUAGCCUCGGCAGUGCAGGCCUGGCGAUCUGUAUUCCUCCUGUGCAAGGGCUAUGAGGACUCCUUCUUUUAUGCCUUCUUGAAUCUGCUGAUCAGCUCCUUAGUGGUUUUCGUUACCUUUAUUGCCAGCACCAUCGUCAGUGUUGGGUUUAACAUGUGGUGCGAUGCCAUUACAGAGAAAGGCAGUAUGCCCAACAGCUGUGAAGAACUCCAAGAUAAAGAUCUUGAGCUUAACUUAGAAAGCUCCUCCUUCUAUGAUCAGUUUGCUAUUGCACAGUUUGGACUGUGGGCUGCCUGGCUGUCUUGGCUGGGUAUUACAACUCUUGCAUUCCUGAAGGUUUACUACAACUACAGACAGGAGGACCUACUGGAUAGUCUGAUUCAAGAGAAAGAGCUCCUGAUUGGGAAGUCUUCUUCCAAAAACUCGCUACACGAAGAGAAAAGUCUCAUGAUUUAGUAGAAGUGUAUCAUGAAUUGCCAGAUUUUCAUUUAAUUGCCCUAACAUUGCUUAACCUCUUGCUAAGAAAUAAGUGGUAUUAAUACUCCAUUAUAUUCUAGUGGUGAGCUGGCGUGUUGGUCCAACAGGCACUUGGCUAUUCAGGCUACUGAGAGAACACAUCAGCAAGGUCAAAUUCUUCCACUAAUAUCAGCUGUGGCCAGGGUCGGACUGGCCCACAGGGGAACAGGGGAAACCACCGGUGGGCCCCACUACCUGUGGGCCCGCCUCCUCCUCUUAGGGAUCAGGUUCCAGACUCUAUCCUAGUGCACUUGAAUUAUGCAUUAUACUUAUGUUACAUUAUACGUCACAAGAAUACGGUUUAUUAUAUAUUUACCAAGGGGUACAGAACAUAUACUCUGUAAUAGGUAGCCAAACCUCUGUGGUGGCUGGCCACGCCCCAGUGGAGCCUGGCCACACCCUUAACCAUGGGCCCCUACAACAGCAUUCCCACGGUGGGCCCUUUAUGUCUCAGUCCGACACUGGCUGCGGGUGAUCCUUACAUCCGGCUUACCUGAUAAAACACCGCCUGCAUUAUUAAUGAUAAUGAGCCAGAAUAAGUCUGUCCACCUUGUAGUGAAUCAAUAACUAGCUAUGAGGCAAAAAAAAGCACUUUGUAUGCAAAGUAAUACAUUGGCUCCUAAUUAAGCACUGGUGUGCCUUUUUGCCAUAAAGACAUGGUGUUCGGUGGACUUUUAGAAAUGUAUAUAUCAUUCUUAAAGUAUCCAGCACUUGUGAAUGUGUUACUAUCCUAGCAGUGAGUCAGUGUACAUAUUUCUUACAGACAGUGGAGCCAGCCAUUUUAUGAGCUACACCACUACUCAUGAAAAUGGCUUCUAUCAAUUCUCUAGGUAGUGACAUCACUGAAGCACAUGGAUGCAUUCUCAUGAAUAUUGUUCCGUGGCUUUCUCUACUGUGUGUUGGUAAUAGGCACACUUCCAUGCAAUAUAAUGUCUAAUUAUCAGCUUUAACUGUACUUGGCUUGAAAUUGUACAGUGUGGUACAAUGCACUUUAAUGUUUAGAGUAAUUUAUUAAGAGCAUUGCAAGGCAGGAUAGCAUGUCUACCUGUGUGCUCGAGCGUGGCCAUGUCCUAUUGAGGGCCUGGAGCCUACACAACCCCUAUGUGCUUUACAUAUGUGUUACCUAUAUAUUAUUUAACAUCCUGCCACUCCCAUGUUUCCCACUAUGCUGUCUUCCCACUAGACAGCAUUCAGGUGACAUUGGUAUGCCGGGCCAGACUGCCCAUCUGGCAUUUCUGGCAAAUGCCAGAAGGGCCAGUCCGGUAAACAGAGAGCCUGAAACGCCACGCACAGCGCAGCUCCCGGCUCUCUGUUUUGUCCCCUGCUGCUGCCGACGUAGUGCCCCGUUGCUAAGCAAUAUGGGGGUGAGCCACGAGUCCACGCCCCCUGACUCGUGGCAUGCCCCCAUUUGCAGUGUGCGCCCCGCGUUGCUAAGCAAUAUUGGGAUGUGCCGCAAGUCCAUUUGCAAAUGGGGGCAUGUGUGCAGCGGGAAAGGGGCGUCAGUCCGUCUCUGUUGGUAUGAAACAGUGAUGUGCCCCUACCAUGUUUACCCCUGGCUGUCUUCCCACUAGAUAGCGCCCAGGUGACAUUGGUGUGCACCUAUCACAGUGCAAGGAGCGAUGACAUGAUUGGGUAGCUAUACAAUCAAUAGUGGCCUCCCUACAGUUUAUAGUGUAUGUUGCAAUAUAUACAACCUCUUGAGAACCUCUAGGCCUACUUGGUUCCCAGGCCUUAUUGCCUGUGCAACUUUUACAGUCAUGUUUAUAACAAGAUUACAUAUACCCCCCCGGCAAUCUGGGAAACAAUUGCCGCUUUUGCACUAUGUAAAUUAUUUGAUUCUCUUUCCAUAUACUGUAUGACCAUCAAUGUAUCUCAGUGACAUUAGUCACAUGGAAUGACAGUAUUGCUAUACAAAUAUCCUUGCAACCCCCUUAUUAUAUUACCCCAACAGUAUUCCAUAUGCUAUCGCUGUAUUCAGUUUGUCAUAUGAUAAUAGCAGUGUCUAAUAGCUAUACAUUUUGCCAUUUCUGAAGCGAUAUAUGUGGUGAUCCUAUAGGUGAUAUAGAUAUUGUGAAUAAUAUGUAAGCCUACCUGAAUAUAGCAUGGAGCAUAUCAGUUUAAUAUACUGCGUGAUAACAGACUUUUAAUAAAAUAAUAGCAGGACAAA